AUGCUUACGGAAAACGAUGGAAUUGAUUUAAAAAUCAUCUAUAAAGACAUGUUAGAAUUGCGUGAGAACUUUCAGAAAUUAGAUGAUGUCGUUCAGCAACAAAGUGCCCGGAUAUACUAUCUAGAAUCAACAGUCACUUUCCAAAAAAAACAUAUUCAAGAUUUAAUGACCGAUAAGAAAGCUGACAUAGAAUACCGUAGAAAACUGGAAAGACGUUUGAAAGUGAUUGAAAAGAGUUUUGUUAGGGAAUAUUCUGAUCCGAGGGAGUAUGGUGUGAAAAGCAGUAAUAUUUCUCUACACGAACAUGUGGAUGAGGAGGGUAAGACGGAUUAUAGAAGUGGAAUUGUUGAUGGAUCGGUCCAAAAGAUGGUUAAUCCUAAAUGGAACGCAACUUCUCGAAAAGAACGACUACUUUUACAACCAACGGUCAGCGAUGCACUUGUUGCAUUCUACGCAUAUAUGUCCAUUCCAGAAAACAACCCUAGUGCCCAUCAUACAUUGAUAUAUGACGUCUCCGUUACCAAUGUAGGAAGCGGUUACAACCACGUGACAGGAAUCUUUACCGCACCAACAAGUGGGGUGUACGUGUUCAUAUGGGUAACCAGAGUUUAUAAUGGUGAACACCCUACCGAACUCAUGAUAAACACCGCCGUGUAUGGGGUCACCUUUCUUCGAGCAAAGGGCAGUAGUAAUGAUGGCUCAGUAAGUGGGACCGUUGUAGCUAACGUUACCAAAGGGGAUUCAGUCUUCGUGCGCGUUCAUUCCUCUUAUCCUGGAGAUGGCUAUAUUUACAGUAAUGUUCAUGGUCGUCCAUCAUUUUCUGGCUGGCUUCUACGUUGA